ACGCUGAACAACUUGUUUUGACUGAUUCAAAUUGUUUUCAUGUCCAAGCAGUACAAAAGACCUAUGUUUGUAGACAAAGGCAAAAAUGUGAAGUGAAAUCAAAAGCCAUGUCUACCAUGGAACUUGAAGAUAGGGCGCUGAAACUCUACUUCAUUCCAUACCUAGCAGCAGGUCACAUAAUCCCUCUCUGCGACAUAGCCCAGUUAUUCGCCUCACGCGGCCACCAUGUCACCAUCAUCACCACCCGUUCCAAUGCCCAAAUCCUUCACCAAUCCAAACACUUGCGAGUUCACACCUUCGAUUUUCCUUCCCAAGAAGUAGGCCUCCCCGACGGCGUCGAGAGCUUGUCCGCCGUCACCGACUUCGACAAAUCCCUGAGGAUAUACUAUGCCAUCCUGCUGCUCCGUGAACCCUUCGAGAAGUUCGUGGAGCGAGACCCACCCGAUUGCAUCGUCGCAGAUUUUCUCUACCCUUGGGUUGAUGAAUUGGCAAACAAGCUUGGCAUCCCUAGACUCGUUUUCAACGGAUUCUCCCUCUUCACCAUCUGCGCCAUGGAGUCCGUCAAGACGCACCGCAUCGAUGCUUCCGUUCCUUUUCUCAUUCCUGAUUUCCCUCACCACAUCACCAUCAACUCAACCCCACCCACCACCGCUCGGGGUUACAUUGAACCCUUGCUCACUGUAGCACUCAAGAGCCACGGUUUCAUAAUCAACAACUUCGCCGAGCUUGACGGAGAAGAGUACAUCGAGCAUUACAAGAAAACCACGGGUCACAAGGCUUGGCAUCUUGGUCCAGCCUCUCUUGUUCGCAGAAACGCUGAAGAGAAAGCAGAGAGGGGUCAAAAGAGCGUAGUGAGCGCGCACGAGUGCAUGAGUUGGCUCGACUCGAAGCGGGACGACUCAGUGCUCUACAUAUGCUUCGGAACCAUGUGCUAUUUCCUGGAUAAACAGCUUUACGAGAUCGCAAGCGCAAUUGAAGCAUCGGGUCACGGAUUCAUAUGGGUGGUUCCGGAGAAGAAGGGGAAGGAGGAAGAGAGCGAAGAAGAAAAAGAAAAGUGGUUGCCAAGAGGGUUUGAGGAGAGGAACAGGGAGAAGGGGAUGAUUAUAAUAGGGUGGGCCCCGCAGGUGUUGAUACUGGGUCACCCCGCCGUGGGUGCUUUUCUGACGCAUUGCGGUUGGAACUCCACGGUGGAGGCCGUGAGCGCCGGAGUUCCGAUGAUUACGUGGCCGGUGCACAGCGACCAGUUCUACAACGAGAAGCUGAUAAGUGAGGUGCGGGGUAUUGGGGUGGAGGUGGGCGCAGAGGAGUGGACCGUCACUGGUUACUAUGAGAGUACGAAGGUGUUGGACAGAUAUCGCAUUGCGAACGCUGUGAGGAGGGUGAUGGACGGUGGUUAUGAAGCCCGGGAAAUCAAACGGCGCGCACGUGAGUUUGGGGAAAAGGCUAGACGUGCCGUUGAAAAGGGUGGCUCGUCUUACGAUAAUUUAACGGCCCUGAUUGAUGAGCUUACUCGAUUGAGAGACGGUAAGCCACUUCGUUAGUUACGACGCUCAACAGUUCUACCACAACAAAAUUUAGUUGAACGUACUAUUUUCAUGGCAAAUGAAAUUGAAUAUUAAAAUAACUAAAAUAACAUUCUGAUGUUC